GAGCCCCCCCAGAUCACUGAAAGCCAAACUAGUCCUCUUGGAAGUCUCCAGGAGCCGACUAGGGCAGCCAGUGAGGCCAUCAGUCCCCCCGAUAAAGCGAGACCUGGCACCUCAGGAUUUAGGACUGCUUCUAGCCCUGCUUCUAGCCCUACGGGCCAGUCACUAGAAUUAGACCUCCAAGGCUCUAUACUCGCCCCACCCUUCGGCAGGGCAUCCUUCAGUCUCAAUAUAAACAGACCGUCAAGUAUCGCGCCGGGGGAACUCAUUAACCUCUUGGCGUCAAUCAGGGUUGAAUUUAAUGGCGCCCCCAAACCACAUGCCAGGUCUCUCUUCCGGCGCGAAAUGACAGGCUCUCGUCUACAAAUGAUUCUGGAUGAGAAGUCAAUCUACGAUAAAGAACUUGAGACUACUGGUGGUAAAUUCCAAGAGGUGAAGAGUGAAAAGACUACGAUUUCUAGCCAUCCCAACAUCGAGAUGGUCCAGAAUUCUGGGAGUAAACCUGUGGCUCUUACAGUCCGUGGCCUCUCGCUUGUAAAGGCAGAGAGAUCAGCCAUCUCA